UGUGUCUACUUCCAGGGCAGAGAGGUAUGAAAAGAGGGGAGGGCAGGCUCAGCAACCAAAGGACAGGAGCCUGGGAGACUGUCUACCUUUCACCCCACUCAUUUCCAUGGAUUGUGUGUGCCCCUGGUCUGAACCCCAGACUCCAGGCAGAGAACCUCUGUGGCGUGCAGAGAGGCACCGUGGCUCCGAGGCUGCCUGGGUUGUAGGGAGAUGGGGGAGAUGCCCGUGUUCCUGUUUUCCGGUAGCCUAAGAGCUCCCCAUUCCCACUCACAAAAGUGACCAGAGGACUGAGGGAGACUGCCUUAGGGAGGGAGGCAGGUGGAGUGACCUGACUAAUGGAGAGAGCAGGACUUGGAGAAUGAAGGCAGGUUUAUGGGUGAGGUUGGGUCUGGCAAAGUCUCUGUUUGCUCAAGGAGGACCAGGUCUCUUAAACCCAGUGCAGGAGAGUGCCCAGUCCCUCCCAGGCCGAGGGUGGGGAGUGGAAUGGUUAGAAGUCUUUUACCCCAGAACCUGCCCCUCUAGGCUGGGAAACUUUGCCUCUGAAUCACGAGGGAAAGGGCAAGGGUCAAGUUGAACCCACAGUAGCCCAGCUAACACUGAUGACUGUCCAGUGCCUCCGCGUCGGGACUGCGUGGGAUCUGACUGAUGAGCUGUGUCCCUAUCAAGGCACUAGACGAUGACGUGUUAGCGUGGGCUGAGAUGCUACGCUGGUACCAAAGGGCUGGCAGAAAUGGGAGUCGUCUGGCUGAACCCUAGGAAGUUGGUGGCAGCAAGAAGGAGAUGCCGCGGCAGGGCUGAGCCGAGGCAGCUGUGGAGUAUGUGAAGGGCCCCUGAGCUCCCCCUGCCCUGUCCACCAUGAUCCAGAGGCUGUGGGCCAGCCGUCUGCUACGGCAUCGGAAAGCCCAGCUCCUGCUGGUCAACCUGCUGACCUUUGGUCUGGAGGUGUGUCUGGCUGCUGGUAUUACCUAUGUGCCACCCCUUCUGCUGGAAGUGGGGGUCGAGGAGAAGUUCAUGACCAUGGUGUUGGGCAUUGGCCCAGUGCUGGGCCUGGUCUCUGUUCCACUCCUAGGCUCAGCCAGUGACCAGUGGCGUGGGCGCUAUGGCCGCCGGAGACCCUUCAUCUGGGCUCUGUCCCUGGGUGUCCUGCUCAGCCUCUUCCUCAUCCCAAGGGCUGGCUGGCUGGCAGGGCUGCUGUGCCCAGAUACCAGGCCCCUGGAGCUGGCCCUGCUGAUCUUGGGAGUGGGGCUGCUGGACUUCUGUGGGCAGGUGUGCUUUACUCCACUGGAGGCCUUACUCUCCGACCUCUUCCGGGACCCAGACCACUGCCGCCAAGCCUUCUCCGUCUAUGCCUUCAUGAUCAGCCUUGGGGGCUGCCUGGGCUACCUCUUACCUGCCAUUGACUGGGACGCCAGCGCCCUGGCCCCCUACCUGGGCUCUCAGGAAGAAUGCCUCUUCGGCCUCCUCACGCUCAUCUUUCUCACCUGCGUGGCAGCCACUCUGUUUGUGGCCGAGGAGGCCGUCCUGGGCCCACCUGAGCCAGCGGAAGGGCUGCUGGUCCCCUCCGUGUCAUCCCGCGGCUGCCCAUGCCGUGUGGGCCUGGCUUUCCGGAACCUGGGAACGCUGUUUCCCCGGCUGCACCAGCUGUGCUGCCGCAUGCCUCGCACCCUGCGCCGGCUCUUUGUGGCCGAGCUGUGCAGCUGGAUGGCACUCAUGACAUUCACACUAUUCUACACAGACUUUGUGGGAGAGGGGCUGUACCAGGGUGUACCCAGAGCUGAGCCAGGCACCGAGGCCCGGAGACACUAUGAUGAAGGCAUUCGAAUGGGCAGCCUGGGGCUCUUCCUGCAGUGCACCAUCUCCCUGGUCUUCUCCCUGGUCAUGGACAGGCUGGUGCAGCGGUUUGGCACACGGUCCGUCUAUCUGGCCAGUGUGAUGACCUUUCCUCUGGCUGCUGGUGCCACAUGCCUGUCACACAGCGUGGUCGUAGUAACAGCCUCGGCUGCCCUCACCGGAUUCACCUUCUCAGCCUUGCAGAUCUUGCCUUACACGCUGGCCUCCCUCUACCAUCGUGAGAAGCAGGUGUUCCUGCCCAAAUACCGAGGGGACACUGGAUGUGGUAGCGGCGAGGACAGCCAGACAACUAGCUUCUUGCCAGGCCCUAAGCCAGGAGCACCCUUCCCCAAUGGACAUGUGGGCCCCGGGGGCAGCAGCAUCCUGGCGCCGCCUCCUGCGCUGUGCGGGGCCUCCGCCUGCGAUGUCUCCAUGCGGGUGAUGGUGGGUGAGCUUCCUGAUGCCAAGGUUGUUACUGGACGGGGCAUUUGCCUGGACCUCGCCAUCCUGGACAGUGCCUUCCUGCUGUCCCAGGUGGCUCCGUCCCUGUUCAUGGGCUCCAUUGUGCAGUUGAGCCAUUCUGUCACUGCCUAUAUGGUAUCAGCUGCAGGCCUGGGGCUGGUCGCCAUUUACUUUGCUACACAGGUUGUGUUUGAUAAGAAUGACUUGGCCAAAUACUCUGUGUAGAACGCUGUAAGGCAUUGAAGAAAGGGCCGGCCUGCCUGCCUCACAGAGUCAGCCUAGAGGGCUGGGAAGCUGGCCUUUCGGGUCUGUUGUUGCCUAAGUGGGGUAGCUCUCUGCUGCCACCCCAAGGCAGCGAGGCGUAUAGUUGCACAGAUAGAAGCUGGGCUUCCUGCUCUGGCUUUGAGUCUGGCUGGCCUGCCGGCAGCUUCUCCCUUGGGAUGAAAAUGCAGGCUUGUACAGGUGGUUUCCCCAGGCUCAGAGUUAACAGCUCACCUCCUGGUCGAGUCACUUUGGAAAGAUUUGGGGACCUGAAUGAACUUCCCUCUAAGUCCCUUGUCCAGAUUCUGCCACUGUUGCUCUUGUAUGGGAGUUUCUCGUAGGAAACUCUCCUCCACAGGGUUUGACAGGAUGGAAGUUGGAAAGAGGAGCCCUAACAGGCAAGAUGAAACCCCGUGGUCCACAGCACUGCCUUUCUGCUGAGUCCCCCACCCCAACCUGUUUCGGGAAAUGGUUCAGCUUGUUGGCCCUUGUGUCGCCAUCAUGGAGACACAGGCCUUUAAAUAUUUAAUUUAUUUAUUUAACACACUAGAAGUAAAUUUUGUUCCCAGCCUUUUUAUGUUGUGCCUAGGAGUUGAGUAGGGUGGGGGGGUCCCAAAAAACUGGUUCCCCUAAAAUACCUGAUACUGCCAGACUCCUAGGGUGAUAGCUAUGGUCCCCAAAACUGCCUGGCCCAGAACCUUGGGCAAUCUGUCACCCUAAUUGAGAGCCACGACAUGUCCCCACUCGAGACUGGGCAUUGAGGGAAGUGGAAUUGGGCUCAAGGUCUCCACAGCAUACCAAGUCCUACUUUCCUCUUGCCCGAGCUUGGCCUCUGACUCCCCACUGCUUUUCCCUCUGAGAGUGGACCCAUGAAGCGACCGCCCUUCCAACUCUGUCCGCUGGCUCCAUGACCUCUCUGUGGGGCUCUCUGAACCCUAAGCACAAGUGUGGUUCCUUAGGCCUCUGCUCAUGGAAGCCUCUGGGGCAUAUCUGUCACAGCCUGGGGAAUCUCACACAAACUCAGGAGUACUCCCUGCCAGAGCCAAGGAGCUCUUGUCCAGGGGGUGGAUUUCAGUGCAGAUUGCAAUAAUGUUGUGUCUUAUUUAUUUAGCAGAGUAAAUAUUUUAUACUGUAUGUGAGAAAUCAGAGUAUAACGUUUAUGGUGAUGAAAUUAAAAGCUUCUUCUAUGUUUA